GGCUGCCCGCACCUCAUGCAUGCUUGCGUCGUAGGUGACAAAGCGUGUGGUGUAACACAUGCGUGCGCACCAAUGACUCGUAAGGGGCAGCCCAUGGCAGCGCUAAGCCAGACGUAAGGCCAUAGACAGAUGCGGGUCCGGCUCCUCCUCCUCCUCGGCGUAUGCAGUGACGGGAGCAGCUACGACGUCGACGUCGUGGCGAGGCUCCCCGGCGGCAACGACGAUGCGCGAGCACGCGCGUACCGCACGAUUCACGCGACGGGCCUCCGCACGCAUCCGCUGCACUGCCCGCUCGACGCGUCGCUCUUCACCAAAAUGGUCGCCGACGACGACGCCGUCGUCGCCUGCUUCGCCGACGCGUUGGAGGCGACGAUCGCCGACGAAAACAAAAACGCGUCGGGCUGGUCGUGGGCCUCGUUCGCGGCCGGCGCCGGCGGCGAACUGUUAGUACCGACGGACUUCGGAGGCAUCCGAACCGGCGGCGUGGCGUGCUUCCACCAGGUGCGUGACGCCUGGGCCGCGGCCGGCUACUCCGCGACGAUGGUCCUGCCGGACGCCUACUAUCGGACGGCGCGGACGCCCGGCCGCCAGGCGUCGGGGCCGCUCGUCGGGUUCCGGGGCGCGCGCGACGUUCUCCUGGUCCCGGAGGGCUGGCACUGGACCGGCAUCGGGGCGCUCCGCGAGCGGGCCGCGGCGCGCUUCUACUCGUUGACGCUGGCUGCGGCCGAUGACCGCGGCCGCCCCGUCGCAAAGCACAAGGCGUUCGACGGCACACAAGGGGUCGCGGCGGGCUGGGCCGUCUCCCGCGACCUUCAUAAACGCUACGGACUGCUUGGCGCGCCCGAACUCUACGCGGCGCCGUGCCCCGUCGAGGACCGGUACUACCGGGCCGCGGCCGCGGCGAAAGCCGCCGUCGGCGCGGGAGCCUUGGCGGACGUAGUAGAGGCUCUGACAAACCGCAACGCCACGGCCGACCAGGUCGUCGCGGCCGCGUUGGCGAGGGUCAAUCAAACGCGAACGGGGGCGCUCGUCCUCGUCGACACCGACGGGUAUCGGGCGGGCGGGCAAGUACGCGCGGCUCUGACUGAGACGGUCGCGCGGCUGCGACGGCGGGGCUACGCCGUGCUGAAGCUAAAGGGCUUUGCCCCCCGGGACCUCCCGACGCUCUACGCGGCGGCCGCCGCCGUCGUCGACUUCCACGUGCCGGGCCCAGAGCGCGUGGUCAUGGAGGCGGCGCUGUUCAACUGCUGGCCGGUGCUCGUGGACGAAGGCUAUGGUGGUUCGGCGCUGGACUUCCCCAUCCCGGAACGUUUCCGUUUGCGACGCGCCGACGCGUCCGCGGCGGAAGCCGCCGUGGUCGAGCUUGUGGAGGGCCGCGGGAACGCUACCUUGGAGGCCGAGUUCGCGCCGUGGCGGCGGCACGUCGAGGCGCUGCCGGAGCGUUUCGACGCCGCCGUCGAGGCUUUUGCGUUCGCGUCGCAUCUCCAGGUCCACGUCGAGGCCUGCGGCGCCGCCGCGAGGCCAUUCGCGGCGAUCGCGUCCGCGCUGCGCGCGUUUCCGCUGGCUUCGAUCGAGGUUCACGCGGGCGACGCUCCGCGGUUCCUGCGCACGAAUUAUGAAGGCGUCGAGGCGCUCGCGGCGCUCGGGCUGACCGACGCCGAGACGGGCGGCAGUGCGUACCACGCCGUGCGCUUCCGCGACGGGUGCGCCGCCCCUGGGUUGAAUGAUCUCGCGAGCGUGAGCCACGGCGUCGCGUGGCUGGUGCUGCCGCCGGGCGUUCUGGUCGCUGAGACCGCCGCGCCGACGGCGCGCGCCGCGCUGGAGGCCAUGUUCGACGCGCACUGCCGCGCGGCGGCGCUCGACGCGCGCGCGGCGCUUUACCUCAACGAGACCGCGCUCACGGGCCGACCUGCCACCCGAGCGCGCUGCGUCGGCGGUCCCGUUCCCGGUGUAGCGGUCGCCUUCGCCGCCGACCUCCUUCGGAACCUGCCGCGCUGGGCGGCCGACGCCCCGCCGCCGGCCGUCGCCGUCGCCGUGGAGCCAACCAAUGACGUCGUGGCGGAGAUUUUUGUCGACGGCGAGGCCCGCGUCCACCGUUUCGCGCCGGCCAAGGAUUUUGAUACGUUAAUCGCCAACGGCCGCGACCUCCUUGUCGCCAAUAAUCUGUCGUCAAACGCCGCUGGCCUCGCGGGUAUCGUGGCGCGCCUCGCCGAGCUCCAGGGGCUACCGUCGGUGGAGCGAUGCGUUCGAGACGACCUCGUUCCGCCGUUCGCCGCGCGGGCGUUCGAGCGCCGCCGCCGCGAGGAGCUGGGCCGCUGGGCUAACAACCAAGGUCUCGACCUCGGGUUCGUCGACGCGGCGCUGCGGCGGUGGCGGCCUCAACCGAUACGGUUUCGCGAGGACGGCGCGCGGCUCACGGCCCUCGACUGGGACUGGCAGGGGUACGCCGUCUGCCUCACGCACGGCGCGCAGGACGCUGAGACGAGUGCGCAGCUUGUAGAGAAGUGGAACCGGACGGUGAUUGCCGGGAAGACGCGCGUUCUGGACCUGCUGGCGCUCCUCCACUUCACGACCGACCGGUCCGACGCCGUGCUGGGCUACACGUCGCAGCUCGUCCACGCGCUGCAGGUCUACGCCGCUGUUUCCAACGCCACGGAUAUCAUCUUUGACGAGCGCGACGCGCAAUACAGGCGCGACAUGCGGCUUGCGGCCCUUAUCCACGACCUCGGCAAGCUGCUGAGUCUGUUUGGGGAAGCAGAUGCGCACGUCGACUGCACCAAUCGGGCCCUGGCGGUCGAUCCGGGCGGGGGUCUCGACGCGAUCCGGGCGCAGUUCAACCACGACGAGUACGGCUACCUCAAGCUCCGCGGCCUCGGCCUGCCGCGCCGCGUCGAGCUGGUGAUCCGGUUCCACUCGCUUUUUGAUCUGCGCAACACGACGGUACCCGACGAUCACGCCAUGCCUUGGCUUCAGCCAGCGACGAACCUCUACGACAUGGACCUAAACCCCGCCGACGAACGCGCCCGCGCCUUCAUCCUCCACUUCUCGCACUACGACCAGAAGGCGAAGCGCGCCACGGACUACAUUCCCGACGUCGAUUUGGUAGAGAUCGAGGCGCUCCUCGCCGAGGCAUUUCCGCCCGACGGGCGGAUUCCGUUCUAGCCUCUAGAUAGAAGAUGUAACUUAAAAACAAC